AUGAUGAUUAAAUUGUGUGUGAUCUUUUUUGUCUUCCAAUCAAUUGAAGUUGAAGCUCAACAAACGUUUAUGGAUCGGGGUCCUUUUCUGCAAAUGUUCCGAAUGCUAAGGAUAGGGUUUAGUAACAUGGCUCGCACAGGAGUUGACCAGGAAUACUUUAAUAUAAACUUGAGGAGAAAUAAACUCCAGCGACAAUUCAGGGACAAUGAGGAGUUCUUUUGUGAUGUAAAUGGACCUGGGAGAAGAAGUGACACUGUCCCAGAAUCCGUUCACAGACUUCGUCCAGGAGACAUUGAUGUGAUUGGAGCAAUUGGGGAUUCCUUGACAGCAGGAAAUGGUGGAAUGGCUACAAAUCUUAUGCAUAUUGCUGUAGAGAAUAAGGGAGUGUCCACAACGAUUGGGGGACAGGGUACUUGGCGACAAUUCCUCACUAUCCCCAACAUACUGAAGUUGUACAAUCCCAAAUUAUAUGGUUACUCACUGAGCGACUCACUGAGCACACAGCCAGCAUCAAGAUUCAAUGUUGCAGAAAUGGGAGCGAUGUCAAGAGACACGGAGUAUCAGGCCAACAAUCUCAUCAAACGAAUGCGAUCUGAUUCCAAUGUUGACAUGGACAAUCACUGGAAGAUUGUCUUUUACUUGAUUGGAGCUAAUGAUUUUUGUGCUGAUAUGUGCUACCUUAAAAAUCCUGCGAGUAUUGUGGAUCUACAUGAGAAGGAACUCACCAGGACCCUCAGGGUUCUCCGGGAUAAUCUUCCUCGGACAAUGGUCAACGUUAUUGCAAGUCCAUCAAUGAAAGUUCUUAUGCGGUUUCGUGGAAAACCAGCUCAAUGUAUUGCUGCCCAUCGCAUAGAAUGUCCCUGUCUCUUCUCUGACCAGCGAGAACGUUUCCGGAAUUUCUAUAUUGAAAUCAUGGACGCAUGGAAGAGGCGAGAAAAAGAAGUAAUCAACAGGGAAGAAUUCCACAAUAAAACCGACUUCACAGUGAACCUACAGCCCUUCACGGACAAACUCUGGAUACCCAUGAAUAAGGAUGGGAACACUGAUUUCUCCUACAUGUCUGUGGAUUGCUUCCACUUCAGCCAAAAGGGCUACGCCAGGGCAACCAAUGCUUUGUGGAAUAAUCUCCUGGAACCAUUUAACAACAAGACACAGCUCUGGAAGCAAGAAUUCGAGGACUUCAAGUGUCCCACAGAAGAACGACCUUUCUUGACCACAAAGAUGAAUAGUUAAUACAUUGGAGGGCAUCUUCGACAAUGUGCUAAAAUCAAUUAAUUUGGUGUAUUUUUUCUUGUGAUUUUUAUUAUGCCAAGAUUGUACACAGCCAUGAGAUGAUCAAUGGCUCAAUGCACUUCUUCAUUGAGGGUUAUGCCCUUGGUUAAAUAAUGUCUCUGUGAAAAAGUGCAAAACCCUGUAAAGCAUAAUUGUCGAAUGGCUGUUCAGAAUUUCCCGUACCUUCC